AUACUGUGGCCACCACAACCAGACGACCCUUCUGUUGCCAGGCCAACACCGUCGCUCCAGUGCUUCUCGAGCGGGAAUCACGCCAGAAAGAUUCAUAACGCGCGCGACGCCUGACGGGUGUGGCUUGAGAGCCCCUAGGACCAGCUAGGUCAUGUAGCUUUAGGCAUGCAGCGUCACCUCCUCUCGCGUGCCGCCUCACGCGCGGUACUCGUGCGACGACAGCGCGACACCACGUGGGCGGUUACAGUCGGCCGUACGAGCCACGUGGCACAAGAUGAACAGGUAUAUGAAACCGCGCAGUUGAGUACGUACUUGCCUUCAGCUGCGUACGUAAGCGCUGUUUCUCCGCCCACAUGGCUUCCGCCCAGUGGCGCGCCCACUGGGGACGGCGGGAUUUUCCGCCGAGAGUGCAAUCCGCUGGAGUUAGAGGUUCGGGGGCGCCGGGGCUUGGCGACUGCCGCGGAAGCUGCGCCAGCCGCGGAUGCGGGCGAGGCGCCGCGGGUGGCGGAAGGUCGUGCGCCAGAGACUGCGGCGGCGGAGGGAGAAGCGGAGAAGCACAAGGCGCAGACCCGCGCGGAGGGCGGUGGGCGGAAGAACGGGGGCAGAGGCGGGGGAAGCGGGUGGUGGGAGGCGGAGGAGAGGCGCAGGCAGAAGAGCGUGCCCGCGUGGGUGUUCGGGGAGUUCGAGCAUCCGAUCCGACGUGGCAGCCUGCCGUUGCACGCGUGGAUCGCGUUUAGGGUGCUCAAAGACGCGGGCAUGGAGCCAUACCUGGUGGGCGGCGCAGUGCGCGACCUGUUCCUGGGGCGCACGCCCAAGGACGUGGACAUCAUAGUGGACGCGUCCCCGGCGCAGGUGGCGCGCGUGUUCCGCGAGCGCAAGUGGCGCCCCAUGGUCAUCGGCAAGCGCUUCCCCAUCUGCCGCGUCUUCCUCAAAAACUCCAUCGUCGAUAUUUCCAGUUUCGGCAGCGAUGCUACCGAGUUUACUCUACCCGUCGUGCCCUCAAAAGACGAUGCUGUGUCAGCAGUACCAGCUGUUCCAGCACCCUUUGCAUCAGAGGAAGGGCCGCUGGCAGGAGGAGCAGCAGAUGGGCCCUCAGCGGCAGCAGAUGGGCCCUCAGCGGCAGUCAAUGGCCUUAUGGGCUUGACUAGCGAUGGGGUUGUGGAGUUGCCUGCUGAUGGCGAUGUUACAAAGGUUGUUGGCGGGCUUGCAGGGGAUUCACCAGGCGGGCUUGUAGCUUUAGCCGGGGCACAGGAGGCAGGGGGUUUUGCAGAGAGAGUGAGCUGGGGGGAGGUGAUUCUGGUGAAGGUUGGUAGUGCGGAGGCAGGUGUGUGGGCGGGGGAGACAGGGAUUGAGGAGGGGGAGGAGGAAGGAGACAGUUUAGUGCUGGAGGGGGAAGAGGCUAGGACAGGUGGGGUUGGGGGAGGGGAAGCAGGAGGGUUGCUCCAAACAGAGGAGGCUGCAAGGGGUCUUAUUGGUGCUGAGGAUGAUGGUGGUGCGGCUGCUGCUGCUGCUGCUGCUGCUGCUGCUGCUGCUGCUGCUGCUACAGCAGCAGCAGCGGAAGCAUCCCCCUUGGGUUGGCGGGGCGAGUUGGUUCGGCCGGCGGUGCAGCGGCACUCGUACGUGUGGUCGGAGGGCGAUGAGAGGCGGUGGAGGAACGCCAUCAAGCGAGACCUUACAGUCAACGCGUUGUUUUAUGACCCCCAUCGGCUCACCCUCUAUGACUAUGUGGGCGGCACUCGCGAUCUGUACAAGCAGACCGUAAUGCAACCCUCGCCUCCUUGUUCGUUGUGGCCUUCUCUCCUGCCUGUUGCCCUCUUGCCCUCUUGCCCUCUUGCCCUCUUGCCCUCUUGCCCUCUUGCCCUCUUGCCCUCUUGCCCUCUUGCCCUCUUGCCCUCUUGCCCUCUUGCCCUCUUGCCCUCUUGCCCUCUUGCCCUCUUGCCCUCGUGCCCUCUUGCCCUCUUGCCCUCUUGCCCUCUUGCCCUCUUGCCCUCUUGCCCUCUUGCCCUCUUGCCCUCUUGCCCUCUUGCCCUCUUGCCCUCUUGCCCUCUUGCCCUCUUGCCCUCUUGCCCUCUUGCCCUCUUGCCCUCUUGCCCUCUUGCCCUCGUGCGCGUCAUUGGUGACACCCGAGCUAGCUUCCAGGAGGACCCUGCGCGUUGCCUGAGAGCCGUUCGUCUGGCGGCGCGCCUGGGCUUCCGCCUGAGCACGAGUGUCAACCGCGCACUCAAAGCACCCGACACUCUGCAGGCCGUUGCCUCACUCAAUCAGUCUCGCCUGCAGAUGGAGCUGGUCCAGAUGAUGUCUCAUGGCGCAUCUGACCUGUCCGUUCGCAUCCUCUGGCAGUUCAACCUGCUCCCUCUGCUGCUGCCGCUUCAGGCGCAGUACCUGCGGGGAAAGAAGUUUCCCCACAAGGUGUCUUCAGACCGGCCGGAUCUGCUCUUUGACCUGCUACAGGAACUGGACACGUUGGUGGAACCCGACAACCCAUGCCACCCAUCCACGUGGCUCGCUCUCCUCGCGCUCCACCUGGCGGCCGCUGAUUUGCCGCACCACCUCCGCCCUCUCGCCCUCCUGACAGCUGUCCUCGCCGCCCACCCCUCCUGCCCGUCCACUCACGUUGCGGCACGUGUCGCCAUCUCCUUCGCCCAGACCUCCCAUCCAGACCUGUGUAGGAGGCUUGGUAUUCAGGAUCUGGACUGGCCGGCUGAGGACACGCCGAGCCUCAGGGGUGAAAGCAGGUUCGGGCCAAAGCAGCAGCAAGAGGGGCCUGGAGAGGGUAGUAGUGACAUGGGAAGCAGUGGAGCGGGAGGAGAGGAAGGCAGCCAAAGGGCAGAAGGGGGGAGGGAGGCGGGAAGACUGGAGUGGGAGGGUUUAAGGGAGGUAUGGUGGGAAGGGGAGGAGGGGAUGGAGGGGGUGCGGGGCUUUGAGGUGGUGAGGGCAGUGAGGGGGGCCAUGGGGGCUAUGAGUGAGAGGAGAAAGGUGGCGUUGCAGCAGCUGGCAGCAGUGGAGGGGCAACUGGGGGAGGUGGUAUCUGAGAUGAUGCGCAGAGGAGGGGGGGUAGGCAGGUUCGCUGCUACACUUGGGGGGGCAGGGGAGGGUGGAGGGGAGAACGAGAAGGAGCAGGAGGGGAGAGUAGCAGGUCAGGAGGAGGGAUUACUGACAAUGAGGGAGGAAGGUACAGGAGAAGCAGAGGGUUCAAGUGAGGGGGCAGGGUCGGUGUUGACGCCUGACCUGGCAUCAGCGGUGGCAGGGAGCGUGGGGAGGGUGCGGGAGUGGCGGCAGCAGUGGCGGGAGGAGCAGCAGAUGCUGCGAGAUGUGGGGCAGCUGCUGACAGCCAUGGAGGGCGCGCUGGGGGGGGCGCAGACGGAUGGGGGGAGAGGAAGGGGGGAGAGAGGAGGAGGAGGAGGAGGAGGAGGAGGAGGAGGGCGAGAGGAAGGCUCUAGUAGUGAUAGCAUGGGGAGUGACGGUGGUGAGUGUGACAGUAGCGAGGGGGAAGAAGCGGUGGUGUUUGCUGCUGCAGAUGCGCAUGGUAGCGGCAGCGAGCAGAGGACAAGGCGGAAGAGACAAGGAUGGAGGGCCACGACAGAGGAGGAUAUUAUCCGGGCGGCAUCUCUCCUGGCGGUGAGGGCAUCGCAGCAGGUGCACCACAUGGUGGAUGACAGGCUGCUCUCAAGGGCCAUACACGACCUCACUGGCUUGCAACGCCAAGAAAAUGUGUUCAUACAGCAGAGCACCGCGCAGUCCGCGCAUCAGCUUUUCCACGAAAUCAUUUGCAAGUCGGAGGUUAAUACACAUGGGAACCCAGAGUCACACUCAAGAUCCAAGUCGCCGGAUGUGCGUCCAGAUGUCAUCACGGGAUAUGAAGAGGAUGUGCCUAAUAUGGACGAAGUGAAGGCGCUGCUUUCUCCAUUUGAGAAGCGGCGAUUCAGUAGCAUCAGGUUUGAGCCGAACGAGGUGGCCUCCAUUCUGGUGCAUGUGGUUUCAAGAGCCGCCUUUCUAGAACGCAAAGAGAUGAACAAAUUUGUGCGCAGGUAAAUGCUUAUGUGUAAAGGUGUUUCGAGCGCAUGUAGGAGUAGGAUGUCGAAGUGUAUGCCACACGUCAAAA